GAAUUACAUCAAUUUCUCUGCUCUCUGCUGUCUACGGUCAGUUUCACUUUCAAGUUCAAGUCAAUCAACCAACUUCUGGUGGAACUAGACAUUGUACUUCACUGUACUUCAUUCGGGCUACGUGAAAUGGAUUCCAGUCAAAACAAGCAGGAAAUGGACAACACGGCUGAAAGGACCGAGGAAGCAAAGCAACACGCAGCCGACACCGCUGAUCACACCAAGCAAUCUGCAGCUGAAGCAAUGGCCAAGACCAAGAACGUGGGACGAGAGAAAUCCGAGCAAGCACAGGACGCUGCCUCGAGUAUGGUCAGCACUAUCCAAGACAAGGCCCAGCAUGCUUGGGAUCAGACGAAGCACGUGGCCGCAGACGCUACCUCUGCUGCACAGCACAAGCUUGGAGGAGCGUUUGAAGGCGAGACUGAUCUAGACUGACUAACAGUUGAGGAGUCUACUUUUCCACAGGGUACAUUCUUCCGGCACACAGCUGCAGCUUUGCGACGAGAGAUAAUAUAGGAACAGAGAGCACGGCUGAUGAAAACCGGCGUUAGGUGCCAAGGUGGUCGAGAAUAUGAAAGGUCUCCAAGUUGUAAGCGUCUUAGACAAGUAAGAGUGUGCAGAUGUUUAAUUGAUGGGCGCUGAAAGCAUUUCGUAUCUGUUUCUUCACGUGUGCAUUUAUGUAGAAAGCUAUUGAGUUCUCAAGCAAUGUUUCGUCUUUUUAUCCCCACUGGACAUCAAAUGGAAAUUUCCAUGCACGUG